AUAGGGCCGCAUCUUCUGCUUUCUCCCCUUCUCGAAUGGGGUUCCCCGAGCAAAAGGCACCCCCCUAGGUCUUGCGCCGGAGGCUUCACGAAUCUCUACGAUUAUUGCCAAGAUCUCAGGCCAGAAAAUAGCCCUUUCGCAGGAACCACCCUACCGGCCGAACAGGAGGCGGAGGGGGGGAGGCGGAGCGGCGCCGCGCUGCACUACUUUCCUCUCCGGUUGCAAAUGGCUGCCUCGUUCCCCACUUUCCGCUCAGUUUCCUGACCCCCGGCGCCGGGAGCCGGGCUGGGCCAUGCACCUCUAGGCCCCCUGCGAUCACAGCCGGCCGGGGGUCUAGGGGGUGCCGCUGACCGGAGCCAGCCAGGCCGGGGGCGGGGCAGCUUCCGAGGCCGGAGGGGAAGGGAGGCGAGCCCAGGGCCUGGAGCGGCCGGAGGGGAGCGGGCAGAGGGCUCGCACCGCCCGCCCCUUCCUCUUCCUCGCCCACCUACCCUCCUCCCUUUCCCGGGGGGAGCAGAAAGUGGGGGGCUCGAAGCCGGCGGGGGCGAGCGCUCGGGGUCGAGGAGCCCGGCGCUGGGUGUGUGUCAGGUUCAGCCCGCGGCCCCGCCGGCCCCGCGACGCCGUAGCUCGCGCGGCCCCAGGGCGCCGGCCGGGCGGGGAGAGGGGCUCGGCGCUGCCUUGAGGGGCUCACGUUCCAUCCGGGCCCGGCGCGGGGCGGCGCGGCAUUCCUUCCGGGCUGCUGGGGAGGCGCCUCGACGUUCCAUCUGGAGAGCCUCGACGUUCCGCCCGAGCCCGGCGCGGGCGGCCGGGGCGCUGGCCGGGCCCUAGGACUCAGAGGCCGCCCUGCAACGCGGAUGCGGAGCCUGCUCGCCCAAGAUCAAAGCCACCGGUGCUCUCUUUGUGUCCGCUCGGGAUUCGCCGCCCUGGGGCUGUCCAUGGAAACCUAAACUGUUGGAACCCGAGGUGGAGAACCUCCCUUUGGCUUCUUGCUUUUUUCGUGGAAGGGGGGAGGGAGGCCACUCAGACCUGGAUUUACCGUUCUUGGCCUCCCUAAGCCCCCCCGUGCGGGGGGCGGCUGUGAUCGCUCUGGCGGUUGGAGGUCGGGGAGCGGCCCGGGCUCUGGCCAUGUUCUCGGAUGAGGAUUUCUGGAUCGCCCUAUGAAGAGGUCUCCCCGAGAGGGCCCUGCCCAGUCGGAGAGAGGGAUGGACGGCCAGAAGCAGCCUGGUGAGGAUAAAGAUUCAGAACCGGCAGCUGAUGGACCUGCAGCCUCUGAGGAUCCAGGCGCUACUGAGCCAGACCUUCCCAAUUCACAUAUUGGGGAGGUAUCUGACCUCUGUCAUGGGAGUCCUAGGCUUCAGGAGCCUCCCCGUGACGGCAGUGGGGGUCUGGUGCGGCGUUGUGCUCUCUGUAACUGCGGAGAGCCCAGUCUGCAUGGGCAACGGGAACUACGGCGCUUCGAGUUGCCAUUUGAUUGGCCCCGGUCUCCAGUGGUGGCCCCUGGUGGGAAUGCAGGCCCCAGUGAAGCAGUGCUGCCCAGUGAGGACCCAUCACAGAUCGGUUUCCCUGAGGGCCUUACACCUGCCCAUUUAGGAGAACCUGGAGGGUCCUGCUGGGCACAUCAUUGGUGUGCUGCGUGGUCAGCAGGUGUGUGGGGACAGGAGGGUCCAGAACUAUGUGGUGUGGACAAGGCCGUCUUCUCAGGGAUCUCACAGCGCUGCUCCCACUGCACCAGGCUUGGUGCCUCCAUUCCUUGCCGCUCAUCUGGAUGUCCACGGCUUUACCAUUUCCCCUGCGCAACGGCCAGUGGUUCCUUCUUAUCCAUGAAAACACUGCAGCUGCUAUGCCCAGAGCACAGUGAGGGAGCUGCGCAUCUGGAGGAGGCUCGCUGUGCAGUAUGUGAGGGGCCUGGGGAGUUGUGUAACAUGUUCUUCUGUACCAGCUGUGGGCAUCACUAUCAUGGGGCCUGCUUAGACACUGCUCUGACUGCCCGCAAACGUGCUGGUUGGCAGUGCCCUGAAUGCAAAGUGUGCCAAGCCUGCAGAAAACCUGGGAAUGACUCUAAGAUGCUGGUGUGUGAGACGUGUGACAAAGGGUACCAUACCUUCUGCUUAAAACCACCCAUGGAGGAACUGCCUGCUCAUUCUUGGAAGUGUAAAGCUUGCCGGGUGUGCCGGGUCUGUGGGGCAGGCUCAUCAGAGCUGAAUCCCAACUCUGAGUGGUUUGAGAACUACUCGCUCUGUCACCGCUGCCACAAAGCCCAGGAAGGUCAGCCUGUCAGUUCUGUUGCUGAGCAGCAUCCCUCUGUCUGUAGCAAAUUUUCACCCCCAGAAUCUGGUGAUAUCCCUACUGAUGGGCCUGAUGCUCUGUACGUUGCAUGCCAAGGGCAGCCAAAGAGUGGGCACGUGACCUCUAUGCAACCCAAGGAACUGGGGCCCCUGCAAUGUGAAGUCAAACCACUAGGGAGAGCAGGGGCCCAACUUGAGCCUCAGUCGGAGGCCCCACUAAAUGAGGAGAUGCCACUGCUACCCCUACCUGAGGAGUCACCCUUGUCCCCGCCACCUGAGGAAUCACCCACAUCCCCGCCACCUGAGGCCUCACGCCUAUCCCCACCACCUGAGGAGUCACCUGCAUCCCCACCGCCUGAGGCGUCAUGCUUGUCCCUGCUGCCUGAAGAGUCACCCCUCUCUCCACCACCUGAGGAAUCUCCUCUUUCUCCCCUGCCUGACUCAUCACCUUUUUCUCCACUGGAGGAGUCGCCCCUCUCUCCCCCAGAGGAGUCACCUAUAUCUCCUGCACUUGAGACACCCCUGUCCCCACCACCAAAAACAUCACCCCUAUCUCCAUCAUUUGAAGAGUCGCCCCUGUCUCCUCCACCUGAGGAAUUGCCCACUUCUCCACCACCUGAAGCAUCUCGCAUAUCUCCACCACCCGAGGAGUCACCCAUGUCCCCUCCACCUGAAGAAUCGCCUAUGUCUCCACCACCUGAGGCAUCUCGUCUGUUCCCACCAUUUGAAGAGUCUCCUCUGUCCCCUCCACCUGAGGAGUCUCCCCUCUCCCCACCUCCUGAGGCAUCACGCCUGUCCCCACCUCCUGAGGACUCGCCCAUGUCCCCACCGCCUGAAGACUCUCCUAUGUCUCCCCCACCUGAGAUAUCAUGCUUGUCUCCCCUGCCUGAAGUGUCACACCUGUCUCCACCCCCUGAGGAAUCUCCCCUAUCUCCACCCCCUGAGGAAUCGCCCACAUCGCCUCCACCUGAAGCUUCACGCCUAUCCCCACCACCUGAGGACUCCCCCACAUCCCUGUUAUCUGAAGACUCACCUGCUUCGCCACCACCGGAGAACUCAUUCAUGUCCCUACCAUUGGAGGAGUCACCCUUGUCACCACUGCCUGAAGAGCCAAGACUCUGCCCGCAGCCUGAGGAGCCACGCUUGUCUUCCCAGCCUGAGGAGCCCUACUUAUCCCCCCAGCCUGAGGAACCUCGAUUCUGUCCCCAGCCUGCGGAGCCCCUACACUGUCCCCAGCCUGAGGGGCUGCACUUGUCUUCGCAGCCAGAGGAGCCAUGCCUGUCUUCUGUGCUUGAGGAGCCAAGCCUAUCCCCUCAGCCUGAGGAGCUACACCUAUCCCCUGUGCCUGAGGAGCCACACUUAUCUCCCCAGCCUGAGGAACCUCACUUGUCUCCUCAGCCUGAGGAAUUAUGCCUGUCCCCUCAGCCAAAGGAGUCCCACUCAUCCCCCAUACCUGAGGAGCCAUGCCUGUCCCCCAAGCCUGAGUUACCUUGUGGGUCCCCUCAGCCUGAAGAGCCUCCCGAGGUACCAGGCCAGUGCCCCCCACCUGAGGAGUUGCCUUUGUUCUCCCAACCUGGGAAGCCACCCUUAUCCCCUUUGCUUGGAGAGCCGGCCCUGUCUGAGCCUGGGGAACCACCUCUGUCCCCUCUGCCUGAGGAGCUGCCCUUGUCCCCAUCAAGAGAGCCAUCCUUGUCGCCUCAGCUGAUGCCACCAGAUCCUCUUCCUCCUCCACUCUCACCCAUUAUCCCAGCUGCGGCCCCGCCGGCUCUGUCUCCUUUGGGAGAGUUAGAGUACCCGUUUGGUGGCAAAGGGGACAGUGACCCUGAGUCACCAUUGGCUGCCCCCAUCCUAGAGACACCCAUCAGCCCUCCUCCAGAAGCUAACUGCACUGACCCUGAGCCUGUGCCUCCAAUGAUCCUUCCCCCAUCUCCAAGUUCCCCAAUGGGGCCUGCUUCUCCCAUCCUGAUGGGACCCCUUCCUCCCCAAUGUUCUCCACUCCUUCAGCAUUCCUCACCGCCCCCAAACUCCUCUCCUUCCCACUGUUCCCCUCCUGCUUUGCCACUGUCAGUCCCCUCUCCAUUGAGUCCCAUGGGGAAGGCAGUGGAGGUCUCAGAAGAGGCUGAGUCACAUGAGAUGGAGACUGAGAAAGGCCCAGAACCUGAAUGCCCAGCCUUGGAACCUAGUGCCACCAGCCCUCUCCCCUCCCCUGUGGGGGAUCUGUCCUGUCCUGCCCCUAGCCCUGCCCCAGCCCUGGAUGACUUCUCUGGCUUGGGGGAGGACAUAGCCCCUCUUGAUGGGACUGAUGCUCCUGGUUCACAGCCAGAGGCUGGACAAACUCCUGGCAGUUCAGCUAGUGAAUUUAAAGGUUCCCCUGUGCUCCUUGACCCAGAGGAGCUGGCCCCUGUGACUCCUAUGGAGGUCUAUGGCCCGGAAUGCAAGCAGGCAGAGCAGGGCUCACCUUGUGAAGAACAGGAGGAGCCCAGUGCACCAGUGGUCCCCAUACCACCCACACUCAUCAAAUCCGACAUUGUAAAUGAGAUCUCUAAUCUGAGCCAGGGCGAUGCCAGUGCCAGUUUUCCUGGUUCAGAGCCCCUACUGGGCUCUCCUGACCCUGAGGGAGGCGGCUCUCUGUCCAUGGAGUUGGGAGUAUCUACAGAUGUGAGUCCAGUUCGAGAUGAGGGCUCCCUGAGGCUCUGUACCGACUCACUGCCAGAGACUGAUGACUCACUACUGUGUGAUGCUGGGACAGCUAUCAGCGGAGGCAAAGCUGAGGGGGACAAGGGGCGAAGGCGCAGCUCCCCAGCCCGUUCCCGAAUCAAACAGGGUCGCAGCAGUAGUUUCCCAGGAAGACGUCGGCCUCGUGGAGGAGCACAUGGAGGACGUGGGAGGGGACGGGCCCGGCUAAAAUCAACUACUUCUUCCAUUGAGACUCUGGUAGUGGCUGAUAUUGAUAGUUCUCCCAGUAAGGAAGAGGAAGAAGAAGAUGAUGACACCAUGCAAAAUACUGUGGUUCUCUUCUCCAACACAGACAAAUUCGUUCUAAUGCAGGACAUGUGUGUGGUAUGUGGCAGCUUUGGUCGGGGAGCAGAGGGCCAUCUCCUGGCUUGUUCACAGUGCUCUCAGUGCUAUCAUCCUUACUGUGUCAACAGCAAGAUCACCAAAGUGAUGCUGCUGAAGGGCUGGCGUUGUGUGGAGUGUAUCGUGUGUGAGGUAUGCGGUCAGGCCUCCGACCCUUCACGCCUGCUUCUCUGUGAUGACUGUGAUAUUAGCUAUCACACAUACUGCCUGGAUCCCCCACUACUCACCGUGCCCAAGGGUGGCUGGAAGUGCAAGUGGUGUGUGUCUUGUAUGCAGUGUGGGGCUGCCUCCCCUGGCUUCCAUUGUGAGUGGCAGAAUAGUUACACCCACUGUGGGCCCUGUGCUAGCCUGGUGACCUGUCCUAUCUGUCACGCUCCAUAUGUGGAAGAGGACCUGCUGAUCCAGUGCCGCCACUGUGAAAGAUGGAUGCAUGCUGGCUGUGAGAGCCUCUUUACCGAGGAUGAUGUGGAGCAGGCAGCGGAUGAAGGCUUUGACUGUGUUUCCUGCCAGCCUUAUGUGGUAAAGCCUGUGGCACCAGUUGCCCCUCCAGAAUUGGUGCCAAUGAAGGUGAAAGAACCAGAGCCCCAGUAUUUUCGCUUUGAGGGUGUAUGGCUGACAGAAACUGGCAUGGCUGUGCUGCGUAACCUGACCAUGUCACCACUGCACAAACGGCGCCAGCGGCGAGGACGGUUGGGCCUCCCAGGCGAGGUGGCACUGGAGGGUUCUGAGCCCUCAGAUGCCCUUGGCCUUGAUGAAAAGAAGGAUGGGGAGCUGGACACUGAUGAGCUGCUCAAAGGAGAAGGUGGAGUGGAGCACAUGGAGUGUGAAAUUAAAUUGGAGGGCCCUGCCAGCCCUGAUGUGGAACCUGGCAAAGAAGAGACUGAGGAAAGCAAAAAACGCAAGCGCAAACCUUACCGGCCUGGUAUUGGUGGUUUCAUGGUGCGACAGCGGAAAUCCCAUACACGUGUGAAAAAGGGGCCUGCUGCACAGGCGGAGGUGUUGAGUGGGGAUGGGCAGCCCGACGAGGGUGAGACGGUGAUGCCUACUGACCUGCCUGCAGAGGGCUCCGGGGAGCAGGGCCUCAUAGAUGGGGAUGAGAAGAAGAAGCAACAGCGGCGAGGGCGCAAGAAGAGCAAACUAGAGGACAUGUUCCCUGCUUACCUGCAGGAAGCCUUCUUUGGGAAGGAGCUGCUGGACCUAAGCCGGAAGGCCCUUUUUGCAGUUGGGGUGGGCCGACCAAGCUUUGGAUUAGGAACCCCAAAAGCCCGAGGAGAUGGAGGCUCAGAAAGGAAGGAGCUCCCUGUCUUGCAGAAAGGAGAUGAUGGUCCAGAUGUUGCAGAUGAAGAAUCCCGUGGCCUGGAGGGCAUGGCUGAUACACCAGGACCUGAGGAUGGGGGUGUAAAGGCAUCCCCAGUGCCCAGUGACUCCGAGAAGCCAGGCACCCCAGGUGAAGGGAUGCUUAGCUCUGACUUAGACAGGAUUCCCACAGAAGAACUGCCCAAAAUGGAAUCCAAGGAUCUACAGCAGCUCUUCAAGGAUGUUCUGGGUUCUGAACGAGAGCAGCAUCUGGGCUGUGGAACCCCUGGCCUAGAUGGCAGCCGCACACCGCUGCAGAGGCCCUUUGUCCAAGGUGGACUCCCUUUGGGUAGUCUGCCUUCCAACAGCCCAAUGGACUCCUACCCGGGCCUCUGCCAGUCUCCGUUCUUGGAUUCUAGGGAGCGCGGGGGCUUCUUUAGCCCAGAACCCGGUGAGCCAGACAGCCCCUGGACAGGAUCAGGGGGCACCACGCCCUCCACACCCACUACCCCCACCACGGAGGGUGAGGGCGACGGGCUGUCCUAUAACCAGCGGAGCCUGCAGCGCUGGGAGAAGGAUGAGGAGUUGGGCCAGCUCUCUACCAUCUCACCUGUACUCUAUGCCAACAUCAACUUUCCUAAUCUCAAGCAAGAUUACCCAGACUGGUCUAGUCGUUGUAAACAAAUCAUGAAGCUCUGGAGGAAGGUUCCAGCUACUGACAAAGCCCCCUACCUGCAAAAGGCCAAAGAUAACCGGGCAGCUCACCGCAUCAACAAGGUGCAGAAGCAGGCUGAGAGCCAGAUCAACAAGCAGACCAAGGUGGGCGAUGUAGCCCGUAAGACUGAUCGACCGGCCCUCCAUCUCCGCAUUCCCCCACAGCCAGGGGCACUGGGCAGUCCGCUCCCUGCUUCGGCCCCCACCAUUUUCAUUGGCAGCCCCACCACCCCCGCCGGCUUGUCUACCUCUGCGGAUGGGUUCCUGAAGCCACCAGCGGGCACAGUGCCCGGCCCUGACUCCCCUGGUGAGCUCUUCCUCAAGCUCCCACCCCAGGUGCCCGCCCAAGUGCCUUCACAGGACCCCUUUGGACUGGCCCCCACCUAUACCCUGGAGCCCCGCUUCCCUGCAGCACCACCCACCUACCCUCCCUAUCCCAGUCCAACUGGGGCUCCUGCACAGCCCCCAAUGCUGGGUGCCUCAUCUCGUCCUGGGACUGGCCAGCCGGGCGAAUUCCACUCCACUCCUCCUGGCACCCCCCGACACCAGCCCUCCACGCCUGACCCCUUCCUCAAGCCCCGCUGCCCUUCCCUGGACAACCUGGCUGUGCCUGAGAGCCCAGGAGUGGCAGGGAGCAAGGCUUCUGAGCCCCUGCUCUCACCAUCUGCUUUCGGGGAGACCCGGAAGGCCUUGGAGGUGAAGAAGGAGGAGCUUGGGGCAUCUUCUCCUAGCUAUGGGCCCUCAAACCUAGGUUUUGUGGACUCACCCUCCUCAGGCCCCCACCUGGGUGGCCUGGAGUUAAAGGCACCUGAUGUCUUCAAAGCCCCUUUGACCCCUCGGGCAUCUCAGGUAGAGCCCCAAAGCCCAGGCCUGGGUCUUCGGAACCAGGAACCAUCCCCUGCCCAGGGUUUGGCGGCUUCUCCUCCCAACCACCCAGAUAUCUUUCGCCCAGGCCCUUACCCUGACCCCUAUGCCCAACCCCCACUGACCCCUCGGCCCCAACCCCCACCCCCGCUCCCUGAGAGCUGCUGUGCUCUGCCCCCUCGUUCACUGCCUUCCGACCCUUUCUCCCGAGUUCCAGCCAGUCCUCAGUCCCAGUCAAGCUCCCAGUCCCCUCUGACCCCCCGUCCUUUGUCAACUGAGGCUUUCUGCCCAUCCCCUGUUACUCCUCGCUUCCAGUCCCCUGACCCCUAUAAUCGCCCACCCUCACGCCCUCAGUCCCGAGACCCAUUUGCUCCAUUGCAUAAGCCACCCCGACCCCAGCCCCCUGAAGUUGCCUUUAAGGCUGGGCCUCUAGCCCACACUCCACUGGGAGCUGGGGGCUUCCCAGCAGCCCUGCCUUCAGGGCCAGUGGGUGAGCUCCAUGCCAAGGUCCCAAGUGGACAGCCCCCCAAUUUUGCCCGCUCCCCUGGGACUGGUACAUUUGUGGGCACCUCCUCUCCCAUGCGUUUUACUUUUCCCCAGGGUGUAGGAGAACCUUCUCUAAAGCCCCCUGUCCCUCAGCCUGGGCUUCCUCCACCCCAUGGGAUCAACAGCCAUUUUGGGCCCGCGCCCACUUUGGGCAAGCCUCAAAGCACAAACUACGCAGUAACUACCGGGAACUUCCACCCAGCGGGCAGCCCCUUGGGGCCCAGCAGUGGGUCCACAGGGGAGGGCUAUGGGCUGUCCCCACUACGCCCCACAUCUGUUCUGCCACCGCCUGCACCCGAUGGAUCCCUCCCCUUCCUGUCCCAUGGAGCCUCACAGAGGACAGGCAUCACCUCUCCAGUUGAAAAGCGAGAAGAUCCAGGGGCUACAAUGAGUAGCUCCUUGGGGGCACCUGAACUCCCAGGUACCCAAGACCCAGGCAUGUCCAGUCUCAGUCAGACAGAGCUGGAAAAGCAACGGCAGCGCCAGCGACUCCGGGAGCUACUGAUUCGGCAGCAGAUCCAGCGCAACACCUUGCGGCAGGAGAAGGAGACAGCUGCAGCAGCUGCAGGUGCAGUAGGGCACCCAGGAAGCUGGGGUACAGAACCCAGCAGCUCUACCUUUGAACAGCUGAGUAGAGGCCAGACUCCAUUUCCUGCGGCACAGGACAAGAGCAGCCUGGUGGGAUUACCCCCAAGCAAGCUAGGUGGCCCUGUCUUGGGACCGGGACCGGGGCUCUUCCCUACUGAUGACCGACUCUCCCGGCCACCUCCACCUGCCACACCUUCCUCUAUGGAUGUGAACAGCCGGCAACUGGUAGGAGGCUCCCAGGCCUUCUAUCAACGAGUGCCCUAUCCUGGAUCCCUGCCCUUACAGCAGCAGCAACAGCAGCAACUAUGGCAUCAGCAGCAGCAGCAGCAGCAGCAGCAGCAGCAGCAGCAAGCAGCGUCAGCAACUUCCAUGCGACUCACCAUGUCUACUCGUUUUCCUUCAACUGCUGGAUCUGAACUUGGCCGCCAAGCACUAGGUUCCCCUUUGGCAGGAAUUCCCACCCGCCUGCCAUGCCCUGCUGAGCCAGUGCCUGGUCCAUCGGGGCCUGCCCAGUUCAUUGAGUUACGGCACAACGUUCAGAAAGGACUGGGACCUGGGGGGCCUUCAUUUCCUGGUCAGGGCCCCCCUCAGAGGCCCCGUUUUUUCCCUGUAAAUGAAGAUACCCACCGACUGGCUCCUGAAGGGCUUCGAGGCCUGGCAGCGCCAGGCCUUCCUCCACAGAAACCCCCAGCCCCACCUGCUCCUGAAUUGAACAAUAGUCUUCAUCCUACAUCCCACACCAAGGCUUCUGCACUGACAGCUGGCUUAGAUCUGGUCACCCGGCCGCCCUCUACCACUGAGCUUGCUCGCCCUCCUCCCCUGGCCCUGGAAGCUGGAAAGUUACACUGUGAGGAUCCUGAGCUAGAUGAUGAUUUUGAUGCCCACAAGGCCCUAGAAGAUGAUGAAGAGCUUGCUCAUCUAGGUCUGGGUGUGGAUGUUGCCAAGGGUGAUGAUGAGCUGGGCACCCUGGAAAACCUGGAGACCAAUGACCCUCACUUAGAUGACUUGCUCAAUGGAGAUGAGUUUGACCUACUGGCGUAUACUGACCCUGAGCUGGACACUGGGGACAAGAAAGACAUCUUCAAUGAGCACCUAAGGCUGGUGGAGUCAGCAAAUGAGAAGGCUGAGCGGGAGGCCCUGCUUCGGGGAGUAGAGCCAGGACCCUUGGGCCCUGAGGAGCGCCCUCCUCCGCCUACUGAUGUCUCUGAGCCCCGCCUGGCAUCUGUGCUCCCUGAGGUGAAGCCUAAGGUGGAGGAGGGUGGGCGCCACCCUUCCCCUUGCCAAUUCACCAUUACCACCCCCAAGGUAGAGCCAGGACCUGCCUCUGCUUCCCUUGGCCUGGGGCUAAAACCAGGACAGAAUGUGCUGGGCAGCCGGGACACCCGGAUGGGCACAGGGCCAUUUUCUGGCAGUGGACACACAGCUGAGAAGGGCUCUUUUGGGGCUACAGGGGGACCACCAGCUCACCUGCUUACCCCCAGCCCGCUGAGUGGCACAGGAGGAUCCUCCCUGCUAGAGAAGUUUGAGCUAGAGAGUGGAGCCUUGACCUUGCCUAGUGGACAUGGAGCAUCUGGGGAUGAACUGGACAAGAUGGAAAGCUCUCUAGUAGCCAGUGAGUUGCCCCUGCUUAUUGAGGACCUGUUGGAACAUGAAAAGAAGGAGCUACAGAAGAAACAGCAGCUUUCAGCCCAGCUACAGCCUGUCCAACAGCAACAGCAGCAGCAGCCACAGCCGCAACAGCAACAUUCCUUACUAUCCACACCAAGCUCUGGCCAGGCAAUGCCUUUACCACAUGAGGGCUCUUCUCCCAAUUUGGCUGGGCCUCAGCAGCAACUUGCCCUGGGUCUUGGAGGAACCCGACAGCCAGGUUUGGGCCAACCAUUGAUGCCCACCCAGCCACCAGCUCAUGCCCUCCAGCAGCGCCUGGCCCCAACCAUGGCCAUGGUGUCCAAUCAAGGGCAUAUGCUAAGUGGACAGCAUGGGGGGCAGGCAGGCUUGGUGCCGCAGCAGAGUCCACAGCCAGUACUAGCACAGAAACCCAUGAGCACCAUGCCACCUUCCAUGUGUAUGAAGCCCCAGCAACUGGCAAUGCAGCAACAGCUGGCCAACAGCUUCUUUCCAGAUACAGACCUGGACAAAUUUGCUGCAGAAGAUAUCAUUGAUCCCAUUGCAAAGGCCAAGAUGGUAGCUUUGAAAGGUAUCAAGAAAGUGAUGGCUCAGGGCAGCAUUGGGGUUGCACCUGGUAUGAACAGGCAGCAAGUGUCACUGCUAGCCCAGAGGCUCUCUGGGGGAUCUGGGGGUGAUCUACAGAACCAUGUAGCUCCUGGGAGCAGCCAGUCUCUCUCAUCACAGGAGCGGAAUGCCAGUGACCCCUCUCAGCCUCGCCCCAACCCACCCACUUUUGCCCAGGGAGUUAUCAAUGAAGCAGACCAGCGGCAAUAUGAGGAGUGGCUCUUCCACACUCAGCAGCUCCUGCAGAUGCAGUUGAAGGUGCUAGAGGAGCAGAUUGGUGUGCAUCGCAAGUCCCGGAAGGCUCUGUGUGCCAAGCAGCGCACUGCCAAAAAGGCAGGCCGUGAGUUCCCAGAAGCUGAUGCUGAGAAGCUCAAGCUGGUUACAGAGCAGCAGAGCAAGAUCCAGAAACAGUUGGAUCAGGUUCGGAAACAGCAGAAGGAGCAUACUAAUCUCAUGGCAGAGUAUCGAAACAAGCAGCAGCAGCAGCAGCAACAGCAGCAGCAACAGCAACACUCGGCUGUAUUGGCCCUCAGCCCUUCUCAGAGUCCCCGACUACUCACCAAGCUCCCUGGGCAGCUGCUCCCUGGCCAUGGGCUGCAGCCACCACAGGGCCCCCCGGGUGGGCAGACUGGCAGUCUUCGCCUGCCUCCUGGGGGUAUGGCACUACCUGGACAGCCUGGUGGCCCUUUUCUUAACACAGCCCUGGCCCAGCAACAGCAACAGCAGCAUUCUGGUGGGGCUGGAUCCUUGGCUGGCCCCUCAGGCGGCUUCUUCCCUGGCAACCUUGCUCUCCGAAGCCUUGGACCUGAUUCAAGGCUUUUACAGGAAAGGCAGCUGCAGCUGCAGCAGCAACGCAUGCAGUUGGCCCAGAAAUUACAGCAGCAGCAGCAGCAGCAGCAGCAGCAGCAGCAGCAGCAGCAACAACAACAGCAGCAACAGCAUCACCUAGGACAGGUGGCAGUCCAGCAGCAACAGCAACAAGGUCCCAGUUUACAGGCAAAUCAGGCUCUGGGCCCCAAACCCCAGGGGCUUGUGCCUCCCAACAGCCACCAAGGUCUUCUGGUCCAGCAACUGUCCCCUCAGCCACCCCAGGGACCCCAGGGCAUGCUGGGUCCUGCCCAGGUGGCAGUGUUGCAGCAGCACUCUGGAGCUUUGGGGCCCCAGGGCCCUCACAGACAGGUGCUUAUGACCCAGUCCCGGGUGCUGAGUUCCCCCCAGCUGGCACAGCAGGGUCAUGGCCUUAUGGGACAUCGACUGGUCACAGGCCAGCAACAACAGCAGUCACAACAGCACCAACAACAGGGACCCAUGGCAGGGCUUUCCCAUCUUCAGCAGGGCCUGUUAUCACACAGUGGGCAGGCCAAACUGAAUGCUCAGCCUCUGGGCUCAUUACAGCAGCAACAGCUCCAGCAGCAGCAGCUACAACAACAGCAGCAGCAACAGCAACUUCAGCAACAGCAGCUACAACAACAGCAGCUCCAGCAGCAGCAGCAGCAACAGCAGCAGCUCCAGCAGCAACAGCAGCAGCAGCAGCAGCUGCAACAGCAGCAGCAGCUGCAACAGCAACAGCAGCAGCAGCUUCAUCAACAGCAGCUGCAGCAAUUACAGCAGCAGCAGCAACAGCAGCUACAACAGCAGCUUCUACAGCAGCAGCAACAACAGCAACAGCAACAGCAGCAGCAGAUGUGCCUCUUGAACCAGAGUCGAACUUUGUUAUCUCCUCAGCAACAACAGCAGGUGACACUUGGCCCUGGCAUGCCAGCCAAGCCUCUUCAACACUUUUCUAGCCCCGGAACCCUGGGCCCAACCCUCCUUCUGACGGGCAAGGAACAAAACACUGUAGAGACCGCUCUUCCUUCAGAGGUCAAUGAGGGUCCCUCAACACAUCAGGGAGGGCCGUUAAUAAUAGGGCCUGCAUCUGAGUCAGUGGCUACGGAAUCAGGGGAGGUAAAACCCUCCCUCUCUGGGGACUCACAACUUCUGCUUGUCCAACCCCAGGCCCAGCCUCAACCCAACUCUUUACAGCUGCAGCCACCUGUAAGACUCCCAGGACAACCACAGCAGCAAGUUAAUUUGCUCCAUACAGCAGGUGUAGGAAGCCAUGGGCAACUAGGCAGCGGAUCAUCUUCUGAGGGCUCAUCUAUGCCCCACCUGCUGACCCAACCCUCUGUUUCUUUAGGGGAGCAGCCUGGGCCCGUGACCCAGAACAUUCUGGGCCCCCAACAGCCCCUUGGGCUAGAGCGACCCGUGCAGAAUAAUGCAGGGCCACAACCUCCCAAAUCAGGACCUGUCCCCCAGUCUGGGCAAGGUCUGUCUGGGGUUGGAAUCACGCCUACAGUGGGUCAGCUUCGAGUGCAGCUCCAAGGAGUUCUGGCCAAAAACCCACAGCUGCGGCACUUGAGUCCUCAGCAGCAGCAGCAGCUACAGGCACUCAUUUUGCAGCGACAGCUGCAGCAGAGUCAGGCAGUACGCCAGACUCCACCCUACCAGGAGCCAGGGACUCAGCCCUCUCCCUUGCAGGGCCUCCUGGGCUGCCAGCCUCAACCUGGGGGCUUUCCUGGAACCCAGACAGGCCCUCUCCAGGAGCUAGGGGCAGGGCCUCGACCUCAGGGCCCACCCCGGCUCUCUGUCCCACAAGGAGCCUUAUCCACAGGACCAGUUGUUGGCCCUGUCCAUCCCACACCUCCGCCAUCCAGCCCCCAAGAGCCAAAGAGACCUUCUUCACAAUUACCUUCCCCCAGUACCCAGCUCACCCCCACCCAUCCAGGCACCCCAAAGCCCCAGGGGCCAACCUUGGAGCUGCCUCCUGGGAGGGUCUCACCUGCUGCUGCCCAGCUUGCGGAUACCUUCUUUGGCAAGGGGCUGGGACCUUGGGACCCCUCAGACAACCUAGUAGAAGCCCAGAAGCCAGAGCAGUGCAGCCUGGUGCCUGGGCAUCUGGAACAGGUGAAUGGACAGGUGGCACCUGAACCACCCCAACUCAGCAUCAAGCAGGAGCCUCGGGAAGAGCCAUGUGCCCUGGGAGCCCAGGCGGUGAAGAGGGAGGCCAAUGGGGAACCAGUAGGGGCAUCAGGUACCAGCAAUCACCUCCUGCUGGCAGGCCCCCGCUCAGAGGCUGGGCAUCUGCUCUUGCAGAAGCUUCUACGUGCAAAGAAUGUGCAACUCAGCGCUGGGCGGGGGCCUGAGGGGCUGCGAGCUGAGAUCAACGGGCACAUUGACAGCAAGCUGACUGGAUUGGAGCAGAAACUACAGGGUACCCCCGCCAACAAAGAAGAUGCAGCAGCAAGGAAGCCUUUGACACCAAAGCCCAAGCGGGUACAGAAGGCAAGCGACAGGUUGGUGAGCUCCCGAAAGAAGCUGCGGAAGGAGGACGGGGUCAGGGCCAACGAGGCCUUGCUGAAACAGCUGAAACAGGAGCUGUCCCUGCUGCCCUUGACGGAGCCUACCAUCACCGCCAACUAUAGCCUCUUUGCUCCUUUUGGUAGCAGCUGCCCAAUCAGUGGGCAGAGCCAGCUGAGAGGGGCCUUUGGAAGUGGGGCACUGCCCAGUGGGCCUGACUACUAUUCCCAGCUGCUUACCAAGAAUAACCUGAGUAACCCGCCGACACCACCCUCGUCGCUGCCCCCCACCCCACCCCCAUCGGUGCAGCAGAAGAUGGUAAAUGGCGUCACUCCUUCCGAAGAGCUGGGGGAGCACCCCAAGGAUCCUGCCUCUGCUGGGGACACUGAAGGGACACUGCGGGAUGCUUCAGAAGUGAAGAGUCUAGACCUACUGGCUGCGUUGCCCACACCUCCUCACAAUCAAACUGAGGAUGUCAGGAUGGAGAGUGAUGAGGACAGUGAUUCUCCUGACAGUAUUGUACCAGCUUCAUCCCCCGAGAGCAUCCUGGGAGAGGAGGCCCCCCGUUUCCCUCAGCUGGGUUCAGGCCGAGGGGAGCAGGACGACCGGGCCCUCUCCCCUGUCAUCCCUAUCAUUCCUCGGGCCAGCAUCCCAGUCUUCCCAGAUACCAAACCAUAUGGGGUCCUGGACCUGGAGGUCCCUGGAAAGCUGCCUGCUACAGCUUGGGAAAAGGGCAAAGGGAGUGAGGUGUCAGUAAUGCUGACAGUCUCUGCUGCUGCAGCCAAGAACCUGAAUGGUGUGAUGGUGGCAGUGGCAGAACUAUUACGCAUGAAGAUCCCCAACUCCUAUGAGGUGCUGUUCCCAGAAAGCCCUGCCCGUGUAGGCAUUGAGCCUAAGAAGGGGGAAGCUGAGGGCCCUGGUGGGAAAGAAAAGAAUAUAAGCAGCAAGAGCUCAGACUCUAGCCCUGAUUGGCUGAAGCAGUUUGAUGCAGUGUUGCCUGGUUAUACUCUCAAGAGCCAGCUAGACAUCUUGAGCCUUCUGAAACAGGAGAGCCCCGCCCCAGAGCUGCCCACCCAGCACAGCUAUACCUACAACGUCUCCAAUUUGGAUGUGCGACAGCUCUCAGCCCCACCUCCGGAAGAACCCUCCCCACCCCCAUCCCCCUUGGCACCCUCUCCUGCCAGCCCUCCUGCCGAUCCCCUAGUUGAACUUCCUGUUGAACCCUUAGCUGAGCCACCAGUGCCCUCACCCCUGCCAUUGGCCUCAUCUCCUGAAUCCACUCGUCCCAAGCCCCGUGCCCGGCCCCCUGAAGAAGGUGAAGAUUCCCGACCUCCUCACCUCAAAAAGUGGAAGGGGGUACGCUGGAAACGGCUACGGCUGCUGCUGACCAUCCAGAAGGGUAGUGGGCGGCAGGAAGAUGAGCGGGAAGUAGCAGAAUUUAUGGAGCAGCUUGGCACAGCCUUGCGACCUGACAAGGUGCCUCGAGAUAUGCGACGCUGCUGCUUCUGUCACGAGGAGGGGGAUGGGGCCACUGAUGGGCCUGCCCGCCUGUUGAACCUGGACCUGGACCUGUGGGUACACCUCAACUGUGCCCUGUGGUCCACAGAGGUGUAUGAGACCCAGGGCGGGGCACUGAUGAAUGUGGAGGUUGCCCUGCACCGAGGACUGCUAACCAAGUGCUCCUUGUGCCAGCGAACCGGUGCCACCAGCAGCUGCAAUCGUAUGCGUUGCCCCAGUGUCUACCAUUUUGCCUGUGCCAUCCGCGCUAAGUGCAUGUUCUUCAAGGAUAAGACCAUGCUAUGUCCAAUGCAUAAGAUCAAGGGGCCCUGUGAGCAGGAGCUGAGUUCGUUUGCUGUCUUCCGACGGGUCUACAUUGAGAGAGAUGAAGUAAAGCAAAUCGCCAGCAUCAUCCAGCGGGGAGAACGGCUGCACAUGUUUCGUGUAGGGGGCCUUGUGUUCCAUGCCAUUGGACAGCUGCUUCCUCACCAGAUGGCUGACUUCCACAGUGCCACUGCCCUCUAUCCUGUGGGCUAUGAGGCCACACGCAUCUACUGGAGUCUCCGUACCAACAACCGCCGCUGCUGCUACCGCUGCUCCAUUGGAGAGAACAAUGGGCGGCCGGAGUUUGUCAUCAAAGUCAUGGAGCAGGGCUUGGAGGACCUGGUUUUCACUGAUGCCUCUCCACAGGCUGUGUGGAAUCGCAUCAUUGAGCCUGUGGCUGCCAUGAGAAAAGAGGCCGAUAUGCUGCGACUCUUCCCUGAGUACCUGAAGGGUGAGGAGCUCUUCGGCCUGACGGUGCACGCUGUGCUUCGCAUAGCUGAAUCACUGCCUGGGGUGGAGAGCUGUCAAAACUAUUUAUUCCGCUAUGGGCGUCACCCCCUGAUGGAACUGCCACUCAUGAUCAACCCCACUGGCUGUGCCCGAUCGGAGCCCAAAAUUCUCACACACUACAAACGCGUUUUCACAUCCAUUAUCUCAUUUGAUCCUCACAACAACCUUAUGAGGCCCCAUACCCUGAACAGCACCAGCAUGUCUAAGGCAUAUCAGAGCACCUUCACAGGCGAAACCAACACCCCAUACAGCAAGCAGUUUGUGCACUCCAAGUCAUCUCAGUACCGACGCCUGCGUACGGAGUGGAAGAACAACGUGUAUCUGGCUCGCUCCCGUAUCCAGGGUCUGGGGCUCUAUGCAGCCAAGGACCUAGAAAAGCACACAAUGGUCAUCGAGUACAUUGGCACCAUCAUUCGUAAUGAAGUGGCGAACAGGCGGGAGAAAAUCUACGAGGAGCAGAACCGAGGCAUUUACAUGUUUCGAAUAAACAAUGAACAUGUUAUUGAUGCCACAUUGACUGGAGGUCCUGCCAGGUACAUUAACCAUUCCUGUGCCCCUAACUGUGUGGCGGAAGUUGUGACAUUUGACAAGGAGGACAAAAUCAUUAUCAUCUCCAGCCGGCGAAUCCCCAAAGGAGAGGAGCUGACCUAUGACUAUCAGUUUGAUUUUGAGGACGAUCAGCACAAGAUCCCCUGUCACUGUGGAGCCUGGAAUUGUCGGAAAUGGAUGAACUAAGAAGCUUUGAGACUACCAGGCAGGGGAGUCUCCCCACCCCCGACCUCUUCCCUGAAAGGGAUUAGGGGGAAGAGAGGUAGCAGCCAGAGCCAGGACGCAGGGCUGGGGCUGCCGGCUGACCGGAGCCCCUGGAGCAGGAGGCUGGGGUAGAGGACCCUAGGCCAAGCCCACCCUGGGCACCAGGGACAACCUCUUCUCCACCACCGGCCCUCAGGCUGGCAUCUCUGCUCUGCCCCCAGCUCCCGGAGGGGCUAGACAGAAACAGCCAUUGGGCAUCUCAGGUUUGAGGGGGAUAUGGGCCGGUAACUACCCAGAAGCAUCUGGGAGGCAGCAGGGAUGGGGGAGGAGGAUGUGUGGCCCGGCCGCACAGCCUUGCUGCUCCUACCAACCUCUCUGGCCCAAUUCAAGGCUGCAAAGAGACUUGACUAAGCUUGACAAUCCCAAAGGCCGGGUCCCACACCUGGCCCUGCCUGCCGGGUCCUGCCCCUAUCCUCACCCCAUCCCUUUCCCUCUCAAUCUGUCUCUGUCUCCCUCUUCUCCUCUGUGUUUCUCUCUAUGGGUUGUGUUUCCUUGUUUUCCACUCUGACAAAUGCAACAUAAUGGGAAAGAGGCAUCAAGCUGCCUGGGAGGGCAAGCUGGGCAAGCCGGGCAAGGAGACCCCGCACCCACACCUACCUCAUUUAAGUGUUGGAUUUUUUGCUGUUUUGAAAUGUGAGACCCUCUCCAAGCCCCCUACUGCCCCAACCCUCUCCCCCACCUCACUGCCCUCUUCUGAGUGGGUGGAAGGGGGGUAGGAGGAGGAAAAAAAAUAACAACAAAAAAUCCAUCUUUGUUUUUAAUUAUGGGCAUGGGAUGGCAGUUGAAGCAAAUGGUGAUGAAGAUUGGGGAUGACUGGCCCCUGGUUUCUCUAGACUUCCUUCUCCAUCUGGAUAUGGGGGCAGGAGGAGUGUGCUAUACCUAGGACCAGGAUAUCUCCCUCCUGUUUUCCCAACCUCAUCAUGAGCCCAUUUGCCCUCCAGCCCCUGGAUGGGGUGGGUGGGGGGUGGGUAAGGGCUGUCCCUGAGUGGCGUGCCUGUACCCAGUGAGGCAGGGUGUGGCCCAGAGCUCCCACUUUCCCUCGGUCACCAAACUGCUGCUGGUCUGGUGGGAAUGGGUGGUGAUGUGGGGAUGGGGAGCCUAGUGUCAGCGCGGGGAGGGUGGGGGGUAUUUAUCUAUUUAUACAUGGGAUUGUACAUAGUCUUGUGGGGCGUGGGGGAGCCGGCUGGAGGUGAGAACCCUCCCCUCUCCCCCCACCCCCGGGGAGAGCAAAUGUAAAACUACUAAUUUUUGUGCUUUAUAUAUUCUAUAUAAAUAUAUCUAUUUUCUUUUUACAAAACCAGUUUAUAAAUGGUAGGGGGGUGUGGGGCGGACACAUGGAGCUCCCCUUGUGGGGGAGCCCCCUCCAUUACCCAACCUACCGCCCUUUUCCUCACACACCCCCUCCCCACCCCCUGGCUGUGACUGCUGUAAGGUGGGGGUAUAGAGAGAGGCCGGGCAAUUCCCACCCCGUUGUAUAGUUGGACUAUGUUAUAACGCACAAAAGUGAGCUGGCCCCAGGGGGAGCCAGAGGGUGAUGGGUUCUCUGCCUUCUUUUCCUUCCCCUUUCUGCCCAAGCUUGUGCUGCAGUUGAACCUCUUCCCCCAGGUAGGGGUAGGUAAGGGGUGGGUGAGGCCCCAGACCCUUCUCUGGUAGGGAGCCAUGGGGAUGAAGAUGAAGCUUAUAUGCAGUUCUCUCCUAGGGUCUGUGGGCAAAGGGCAUUUUGUAAUUAAUAUUUUCAAGAAUCAGAUGUCUGGAGUGUAGGGGUGGGCUUGGUGAUGGCAGAUUGGCGGGCCUGCUGAAGAGGGAGCACAGUCGCUGUUGUGAUUUUAGGUUUGUUUUGUCUUGUUUUGAAUUUGGAGGGUUGUGGAUUGAUGGGGGUAGGGAGUUUUUUGUUUGUUUGCUUUUAAGCUGCUUCCUCAACUGUUCAAGCUGCAAAUGUUUAAGACAGUAACACCCCCACUCCCACAGGAACCACUGUAAUUACAUCAGACAGUAGGGAGACUGGGCUGCUGCCCCCAAAGCCACAGCCCUUGGAUGGUCCUUUUCCAAGUGCAUAAAGGUCUAGGCUACAUCGAGGGGAGAUUGGCUCCUGUGAGUCAGGCUCUGGUUGGGGUUUGGGCCCUGGGAUUGGGAAAGGGAUGGGGCAGACUUUGUAAGCAUAUGCUAGAUAUCCGAUAGUCCUGUAGAACUUAGUGAAGAAACCUUAUACAGUUUUUAAUUUUUAUAUAAACUAUAACUCAGAUCCAAGCUACAAGGUUGGAAUUUUGGGUUUUUUUUUUUUUUUUUAAAUACCCUGCCUGUAUAAUUGCAUCAGAAUUCCCUCCCCCUCCCCCCGUGUUUGUAUUUUGGGUUGGUUUACACUUGCACAUACUCAAUUUUCAGUUUUUCCCCCUUUACUGUCUUCUACCCUCACCUCCAGGACCCUCCCCCUUUUUAAAAAAAUAAAUCGCUGACAAGUGUGAAUCCCGUGAAGACUUUAUUUUGUGUUGUGUGUAUCCUGUACAGCAAGGUUGGUCCUUCUUAACAACGGAUGAAAUGGUUCCCCUUUUUAAAGCGCUCUCUCACCCCCCCUCCCCCCGUCCUUGGCAUGUUUUGUAUCAGCGAUCAUUCUGAACUGUACAUAAUUUAUGUUGCGAGAGGCAAAGGGCAAGUUUUGGAUUUUGCUUCUUCCAAGUUUGUUUUUAAACGACAAAUAAAAAGAGAACAUUUUAAAUACAA